CGUGGCAGGCAGUGUAAAUUCAGCUAGCAGCGCUGCAGAAUCUUUGGUUCAGACUACCUUACUUGUCAUCUGGGAGUAGGCUAUCCACCUCCUGUAGCGUUAGUCCGUAGUUUGAGAUUUCAUUAUUAUAACUUCACGAGACGCACGCACGCACUGAAGACAGCACGCGCACAACAAUGGCUGACGAUAUGCCGUCUCUGCUCAGCCUGGAGGAAGAGCUCACAUGCAGUAUCUGCUUGUGUACUUUUGAAAACCCCGUCACUCUCCCCUGUGGUCAUAACUUCUGUCAAGGCUGUUUGGAUGAGACCUGGAAAGAAAGUUUCCUCCUAUUCUGCCCUCAGUGCAGGCACCACUACCCUAGCAAGCCCGAGCUAAAGAAAAACACAGUCCUAAGCACUGUUGCUAACACCUUCAAAAUGAAGUCCUCGUCAUCGGGGUCCAUGGAAACACUAGUCACGAUGAAAGAACCACAAGUUACCAAAUGUGACACAUGCAUGGAAGUGAAAGCAUUUAAAACCUGCCUUACAUGCAUGGCCUCGUUCUGUAUAGAACAUGUGAAGCCGCACGAGGAAAAUCCUAUUUUCCGCGCGCACCAACUGACCGAUCCUUUAGGAGACCUGCAGGAGCGGAUUUGCCAGGACCAUUGCAAGAUCAUGGAGUUCUACUGCAAGAAACAUGAGUGCAGCAUCUGCAGCAGCUGCCUGCAGCAGGUGCAUCGAGGUUGCGACUACACCACCCCACAGGACAGACGGACACAGAAAGAGACUGAGAUGAGGGGUAUGUUGAGUCAACUGGAUCGAAAGAUUGAGAAGAACAACAUUGUUAUGGCCCAAAUGAGGCAGCAACAGUUGCAGCUAGAGGAUGAUGCGGUUGCUCGUAAGACUGAGGUGAGCUCAGAGUAUCAGUUCAUAAGGAAUCUGAUCGACAUGGACGAGCGGAAUGCCCUGAAAGCUGUGGAUAAGGACUUGGAGAGUGGUCAGACCAAGCUCCAGUCUCUAUCAAAGAAGUUUGGCCAGAAUGUGGAGAAGAUGAACCAAACCAAAGCAGAGCUCAACGGCCUUCUGUCAAAAGCAGAUUCGUUGUCCUUCCUGCAGGCUUCAGUCCAACUGCCUCCCAAUGCCAAAUUUGACCCCUACUGCCCCCGUAUAAACUUGGACUCCAAAGCUGUGAUGGCCUAUCACUCCUCUGCUGUUGCUGUGAAGGAGCUACUGAAUAAAGUUCUGAGUGCACCAGUAGAAAACCGAAUCUCACUUCUUAAACCAGAUUUUGAGAAACAGGUUCUUGGUGAACCCUGUCAAGAUGGAAAGCGGCCACCAUUCUCUGUCUCACACCCUCCUGUCCCAUUUUUUUAUCUGGGAGGCGGGCCACUCCAAUCACUUACCUGUGCCUCAGGCAGCUGUCAGUUCCCAGAUAUGGCCCCUCUUAUGGGCGUUAUACCAGAUGUGACGCGCAUGCCCCGUGACAUGAAUUUCCCUUCCAGGAACAUCAGAUCACCCAGUCCGGGCGCUCCCCUCAGACCAGGUGGACAGAAAUUGAAACCAGCGCAUUCAAACAAGAAGCCAGAACACACGAAGGGCCAAAAGGACCAAAAGGGAGACAAAUCAGACCGUCAACGUGACAAAGAUCAUGGAAAGAAGCCUUCCAAACCUGCCGGUGGGUUCCCCAAGAACCCAAGUGAAUUCUGUAAAGGUCCACCUGCUAAUGAUGCAGAUACACAAGGUGUGACACUUCCUCGUGAUGUCUCAUCUGCUGUGAAAAGGAAUGACCUCCUUCAAUUUGGCACCGUUCUCAAGCUGGACCCCAAAACGGCCCACAAGCGCAUCGCCCUCACAGAGGACUUCACCAAAGCGUCGGUGGCCGAGGAGCCGUGCCAGUACCCCGACGGACCCCAGCGUUUCGGCGUGUGCUCGCAGGUGCUGUGCGCUAAGGGCUUCGCGCAGGGCCGCCACUACUGGGAGGUGAAGAUGAGCAGCAACAACUUCUGCGGCCUGGGCCUUGCCUACGCCUCGGUCGACCGCAAGGGCCCCAGCAGCCGCCUGGGCCGCAACGCCCAGUCCUGGUGCGUGGAGUGGUUCAACGUCAAGCUGUCGGCGUGGCACAACAGCACCGAGACGGUGCUGCACAACCCCAACCCCAGCCGUGUGGGCGUGCUGCUGGACUGCGACAGCGGCACCGCCACCUUCUACACGAUAGCAGACCGCGCCUACCCCUUCCACACGUUCGUCUUCCCCUUCCAGGAGGCCGUGUACCCAGCCUUCUGGAUCUUCUCGGCCGGCUCGUCCAUCUCUCUGUGCAAGCUGACCGCCUGAGCUCAGGUGAUGGCCUCUUAGUGGGCACUCUCAGUUGUUUGAACGUGCCUCUCUGUGAAGUCAUGGUGCCCUGCUUUAAUGGCUGAUAAUUCAACACAAAAACAUGAAGUAAGCACUUCAAAAAUGUUCAACAGUACACUUAUUCAUGGGGUGAGGGAAUCCGCAUGUGGCAUAUUUAGCAGUCUUGAAUCACAUGAGGAAACUAUUUCCUGCAAAACAAAUGAAUGGGCAGUGUUGGGCUUUUAUUUUGAGAAAAGAAAUUGUGCUAAACAAUAAUAAUCUUCACUGCAAACUUUUUCAUGCUGCAUUCUAGCACAUGCAUGGUUUCAUGUCAGGCUUAAUGAAAAAGGAAAUAGACUAGUGAAAUCCAGUGUAGUACUUCUUAUGAGUCUACAGCUUCAUCCUGAAUGCACUACAUGUAUAGUAACUUUGCUUCAGCACUUAACAAAAAAUUGUCAUUGUAAUGUAGCCACUGUUAAUAGAUGUUGGUAAAGUUAUGUAACUAAAAUAAUUUAAAAUAAUUGAAUCAGAAAUAUCAUCUAUUAUCUAUUAUAUCUAAUGUGUGUAUUUAGGUGUUGCCUAUUUUGUCUAAUGAUGUAUAAAUACAUACAUACACACACACACACACACUACCGGUCAAAAGUUUGGGUCACUUAGAAAUGUCGA